CUUCCUCAAGAGCUUGAGGGUGGGCAUGUCUUUGGCAAUUAACUCCUCCAGAACUUCUGUGGUUGCUUCGUCUGUCUUUCUUGUGACUUCUCUUCAGGGAUUUGUAGUGAGGAUUGUUGUUUGGUCGAUUUGCCUUCAAUUAAGAAGAAGAAGAAGAAGAAAUCAAUACCUUCUGGUGACCUCCAUAAUUGGUGUGCGGCUGUGAUGCUGUGCUCGAAGAAGGACGGAUGCAUAAUCGGGUUUCAGUUUGACUGAAACCGUGAAAAUUUUGGGACUAUCGCCUUUGCCAAGCAAUGGAGGAAAUUGACACGAGGAGGUGGGGAGCGGUCUUCUCUCAUGAUGAUGGAGCAGGGCCAUCCUCACUACCUUCACCAAGAGACGAUGGGUGGGAGUUCGAUGUUUUCUUAAGUUUUAGAGGGCAGGACACCCGCAAUGGUUUCACUGGCCAUCUUUAUCAAGCCUUGCUAGAAAAGGGUGUCACUGUUUUCAUAGACGACCAGACGCUGGAGAAGGGUGAGAAGGUGGAGGAGCUGUUUAGGUUCAUAGAGAGGUCCAGGAUAUUUGUUCCCAUCUUUUCCAGGGGCUACGCCGAUUCUGUAUGGUGCUUGCAAGAGAUCGCCAAGAUUGUGGAGUGCGGGAGGUCCAUACUUCCUGUCUUCUUCCAUGUUGAGCCUUCCGAAGUUCAAAACCAGAGAGGGCCUUUUCGGCCGGCAUUUGAGAGCCAUGAGAAGAAUGAGGGGCUGAAGGAAGAGGAUGUGAGCAAGUGGAAGGAUGCCCUGCGCAAGGUUGGGGAGAUCUCGGGGUUCAACCUGAAGGACGCUAAUUGGCACGAGGCAAAUCUCAUAAAGAAAAUUGUGAAUAGGGUCCUGAAAGAAGUGAAUCCGAGCUGCCUCGACGUAGCUGUGCAUCCUGUGGGACUUGAUUCUCGCGUAAAUGAGGUUUUGGAGUUACUGAAGAUUGAAUCUUCUUAUGAAGUUCAAAUGGUCGGCAUCUGCGGGAUGGGCGGGAUCGGCAAGACCACCCUUGCCAAAGCAGUCUAUAACAGAUUACAUUCCAGUUUCGAAGCCUGCAGCUUUCUUGCAAACGUCCGAGAAGUAUCAUCACAUGCCAAUGGCGUUGUCACCUUGCAAGAACAGCUGCUCCGUGACAUUUUCAGGGACAAUAAAACACGUAUAAGCAACAAGGACGAAGGCAUCAGCCAAAUCAGACGACGAAUUGGUGGUAAGAAAGUUCUUAUUGUUAUCGACGACGUUGAUCAUAAAGAUCGACUUGACGAAUUGGCUGGUAGUCGAGAUUGGUUUGGUGGUAAAAGCAGAAUCAUCAUCACCACUAGAGAUGAAAAGGUGCUAAGUUCGCGGCUGCAUGUCAUCUACAAGCUUGCAGAAUUGGAUUGUGCCCAAUCGCUUCAACUUUUCAGUUGGCAUGCGUUUGGGCAGCCUGAGCCAAGGCCGGAAUACGGCGAAUUGUCGGAGAAAGUUGUGUCCGUUGCUGGUGGUUUACCUUUAUGCCUUAAAGUAUUUGGGUCGCUCUUCUAUGAUAUCGAAAGUUUUGACGAAUGGAACUCGAUGUUGGAAAAGCUGAAAAGAGUCCAAGAUAAAGAAGUUCAUGAGAGAUUGAGAAUUAGCUACGACGGACUUGAUGAGGAAACGAAGUGCAUAUUCUUGGAUAUAGCAUGUUUUUUCAUUGGGAAGGACAGAAAGAAUGCGGUUUCCAUGUGGAAAGGUUCUAAACUUUCUCCAAUUCCUGCAAUUCGAAUCUUAGAGCGUAAAUCUCUCAUCAGAAUAAGUGAUAAGACGGGGGAGUUCGAAAUGCAUGAUCAAAUUCGAGACAUGGGAAGACAGAUUGUUCGGCAGCAAAGCUCAGUGCCGAGCAGGUUAUGGGAAAAUGAGGAAACGUUAAACGUGCUACAGGAAAAACAAGGAACAGAGAAUGUUGAAGCCAUCUUUCCCCAGCUCGGUUGGGGACGUAUCUUUUUGAACACUAAGCAAUUUAAAAACAUGCCGAAACUGAGAAUGCUUGAUAUCAGCGGUGGUAGACUGGAAGGCCCAUAUCACCAUUUUUGCAAAUCCCUGAAAUGGUUGAGAUGGAGGAGAUGUCCAUUAAAGUCGUUGCCCAUUAGCUUUCAUCUUCGAAAUGUUGUGGUACUUGACCUGUCAAGUAGCGAGAUAGAAGAGGUUUGGGAUCAAAAUGGAUGGAAAUGGUCGUCCAUGAUGAAAAAUCCGAUUCUCCUUAGUCCUUCCCGUCAUGGUAACCAGGCGUGGUCAUUUGGCCAAUUGAAUGUCCUCGAUCUCGGGUGGUGCAAGAACCUUAGGGGAACUCCAGAUUUUAGGUGGAUACCGAACGUAGCCAAGUUGAUAUUUGAUGGAUGCACCAGUUUGAGACGAGUCGAUGAAUCCAUCGGCCACCUCAGUAGCCUGGUUUGCUUGAACCUGAGAGAGUGCUCUUCUCUGGAGCAAAUACCUGAUACCAUCUCUCGCUUGAGUUGCUUGGAGACGCUGGACCUUCACGGAUGCUCCAAUGUUUCAACCUUGCCAGAGAAUUUGGGAAAUUUGACAUCAUUGAAGAACCUCGUCCUCGACGCUACCAAUCUAACAGGUUUGCCUGAAUCUGUGACGCUCAUGGUGAAUCUGAAGUUGCUAUCUUUAUGCCGGUGCCGGUCGCUGAAGCAACUCCCGAAACUGAUCGGAAGGCUGAAAUCCUUAACGGAGUUCCAAAUAAGUCAAGGGGAGAUACCAAGUAUUCCGGAAUCCAUCGGCCUCUUGACCAACCUCCGGAAACUGAAAAUUGAAGGAUGCAGAUCACUCGUUGCUUUGCCAGCUUCCAUCAGAUCGCUGGAAAACCUUGAGGACUUAUCAAUUGAGGGCUGCAAAGGCAUCAGAGACAUCCCUGAUUUCUUCGGAGGUCUACUGAAACUGAAAAGGCUAAGCAUGGGAGGUACUGAUCUCUUGAAAGCGCUUCCUUCAAGUUUCUUCCAUCUCCGCUCACUGGAGAGAUGGAGUUUCUCUUGCACCGGCCAGCAGUUCGAGUGGGCAGGUGGGGCUGAUUUCAGUCAUCUCUCUUCGUUAACUCACGUGGACUUCAGCCCGCAUUUUGCGAGCUACAGUUAUGCAUGCCGCGGCUUGCACUCAGGCUUGGACACCUUCCCUCGACUUGAGAGCCUCGACUUAAGCAGAUGCCGCGAUGUUGGUAGCAUACCGAAACUCCCACCAUCGCUGAUCCAUCUGAAUGCCGCGUGCUGCGAGGCUCUGGAGACAAUUUCAGAUGUCUCGAAUUUGAAUAUGCUGCGAGAAUUAAAUCUAAACAAGUGCGGGAAUCUCGUCGACAUUCCUGGCCUUGAGAAAUUGAAAUGCUUGGAGAACUUGGAUCUUAGAGAAUGCACCAGCCUUUCCGAUGCCUUGUGGAACAGGAUGAAGGAGGCGAAUUUUGAAGGCUAUGUAAAGCUCCGCCUUCCUGGAUUUCUGAAUUGUUCGAGCCCCAACAGGACGGGAGUAAUAUCUUUCCUUGUUCCAAAUGUGCCGAGUGUGGGUUCUUUCAGUGUCCAGUUCGAGCGUUUCUGGAGGGGGCAGUCCGUGACAAGUACUCGGUUUAUAGUCUCAAAGGAUGAUUUUUUGAUCUGUGAUCGGAGGGGAAUGCAAUGGAGAGAAAUGUCGUUGAGGGAAAUGGAAUGUGGAGAGCUGGAAUCGAACGCCCGCAUCGGGUGUUUGGUUCUUCGAGAACAGAAGGAAGCGGAAGAAGUUAGCCAGAUGCUAGCAAAUGGAAUUGGCUACCGGACGAUGGAUCUUACAGUCGCCGGAGCUUACAAGUUGAGAAAAUGUAGUAUCGUUUUGAGGAGGUAAACCCCCACUGCUGCACAUCAUGGUUAAGCUGCCGCUUAAUUACCUGGUGCAGCACGCACUGCUGUUUUGGAUCCUUGACUUGUGAGGAAGAUUUUUCUUGUUCAAGGCAAACAGGGGAUGAGCACAUUUGUGACCUCUGAAUAAUUCGUUUGAAACGAGAGAUCAUUAAAGGUUAAGUGGUCGAGUAUUGAUCUUCCUAAUCGAUCACGAGCUAAUCUUGAUACACAAGAAUUAAAGUUGUACAACCCAAGAAAUUGGUUUCGCAGUUUACUUUCAUUCGUCAGGAGCAGAACCAUUGUACUUAUUGGGGUUGCUUUUCUGAGGAUUUAUGCUUGUUUUCCAACUUGUGCCGUUCUCCUCAACCUGAUAGACUUGAUGAAAACGAGGAAUCACACAGGAAACUCGAAGGGAAUGCCCAUUUAGAUGUUAAACUUUUGCUUGGCACUCUGUUCCCUGCAGAUACUUGGUUUGUCACCGGCGCCAAAGGUGCAGCUUUAGACAGUUGCAAGAUAAUGAAAAAUAAUUGUGCUUGCUAACAGAAGUGCAUCUGAAGUUCAGUUGGGAGAUUCAGCUGUUGAGUGGAGAUGCAGGACUGUCUCAAGAAAGCUCUGGAUUUGAAUUCAUAUUAUAUGUGAUUCUGUGACCGCGUGCAAGAUUACAUGAUAUGGUACAUCGUCGAUCAUUUGAUGGUA